CCAUACACGGCUACGCAACCGCAAAUCCAAAAACAAUCCUUUAUUCCGUAAAACAGCAGCAGAAGAAAGCGAAAAGCGAGAAACAAAACUGCAGCGAAUCGAAAAAACGAAUAGGCAGAAAUUCCCGAACGGGCGAUGAGAAGAAAUCCAAAAUGCUCCGUCUCCUCUCAAAAACCCGUCGCCCCUGCCUUCCUCGACGCUCCUUCUCUUCCUUCUCCUCCCCAAACCCCAUCCUACCCCCAACCAAUCUCAAAAAUCCCCAAAAUAUCCCUCCCCCAGCCAUCCUCCCCAAUCAAACCCUUCUUCCUCUCUCUCGUUCUCCUCCCUAUAAAUACCUCUCUCUCUUUGCUGUCUCCGCAACCCUAAUAUCGUUCGCAGCUCUCUUAUCCUCCGACAGCGAUCCCUUAGUGGAGGAGAAAUCCCAAACCCUACUCUCCAACCUUGAACGCUCCCUCGAGAAAUCGAAUGAAUAUGUCUGCAAGAUAUUCGACCGCAUGAAGCAGACCGGUGUUGCCGCUGCCAUCCUCUGGAAGUCGCUCCGGUCAGUGCUGUCGUCCGCCAAUCAGGAGGUCCGAUCCGGGUUUGAGCUCCGGGUCGCGGCACUCCUCGCUGAUAUUGUGGCCGCUAGUGAGAGCAGGCGGUCGGCGAUCGUGAGUGCUGGCAACGGCGCGGUUGUGGACUGGCUCCUGGACACUGUUGCCUCGCCAAGGGACCCGUGCGGGACGCAGGCUGAGUCCGCGAGGGCGCUUGCUUACCUGAUCUCGGAUCCGAACGUGUGUGGGGCCGUGCUCGGGCGGCCCCAUGCUGUCCCGAAUCUUCUCAGGUUCAUCUUUUCGUUUCAGCCGCAGCGCGCGAAAAAGCAAAUCAAACGCAGUUCAUUGGAUGGUUCUGAUAUCUGGAAAGGUAGAAGCAUGCUUGUUGCUGCUAUUAUGGACGUUGUCACUUCAAACUGUGAGAGCAUAGAUAGAGCAUCAUUUCAACCUGCCUUGCCAGGAGAUGCAGAUACAGGAGAUAUUCAAGCAGCCCUUCAAGUUGUUGAGGAGGGUGGCAUGCAUUUGGAUGAGCCACAGGAAAGUGACAAUGAGGGUGGCGACAAAGGAAUGCGAGGAAUCGGAAUAAAAAUUCUUGGAGGCACAACAGUGUUAGGCUUCUCAAGAACAAAUGGCCUUUUAAAGUUAGAACAUUCUGAUGCCCCUCCCCCUGAAUCAGUUAGGCCUAUUCCAAGAACUCUUUUGUUGCAGAAAAAUCAAGUUAGUUCACCAGCAGAAAGGAACUAUUCAGCUUCAGUUUCAGUUCCGGGCUUAUGGGAUGAUUUGCAUGGUGAACAUGUUGCUGUGCCUUUUGCAGCAUGGGCCCUGGCAAAUUGGGCAACGGCCUCAGAUCUUAAUCGGUCUCAUAUUCAAGAGCUUGAUAGAGAUGGGCAUGCAGUUAUGACUGCUUUAAUAGCACCUGAGAGAACUGUGAAAUGGCAUGGGAGUUUGGUGGCUCGACUGCUUUUGGAGGACCAAAAUUUGCCCUUGAUUGAUUCUGUUCCUGAUUGGAGUUCUAGUCUUCUUUCUACUGUUUCUCAGGCAAGCAAAGUUGAAGACAUUGCCUUGGCUCGGAUGGCUCUUUCAGCCUUUCUGCUUGCUGUUGAAAGGAGUAGUGGGGCUCAGACUGUAAUAAUGGAGAAGGGACUUCCUCUGAUGAGACAAAUUGCUAAACAGACAGAAAGGCACAGCCAUGUGCAAGAAGCAUUGGCUAAGGCCUUGGAAUUACUUUGUACUGGGGACAUGCAUUUAUCUCUUGAAGAAAGUGAAAAAUGGUCUGGUAUUCUUCUUCCUUGGGUUUGUGGACGACUGUCCUCAGAUUCUACUCGGUUUUCAGCUACAAAAAUCCUUUCGUGUAUUCUUGAAGACUAUGGACCAUAUUCAAUACCAAUUUCUCAGGGGUGGUUAACAAUUUUGCUGAACGAAAUUUUAAGCAUCAGCAAGACAGCAGUAUCCAAAGGAGGCACUCCGCCUGAGACUCACAAAAUUCAAAUUGAUCAGUCCAACGCUCUUUCAGCUGCCCAAAUUGCAAAGCAGCUAGCCAGUGCCGUUGUCAGUCUAGCAGGAAAACAGUUAGUAACUACAACCGAUGCUGUUGAUAAAUUCCCUCUUGCAGAUCUUCUCUCUCUGGAACCGUUUGCUGAGCUAUUCAGAAGUUUGAACAAAGAUAAAUUGCCCAAGUUUGAUGCUGCAGAUUCUGCAUUGGCUACACUUAAGGGUAUUAAAGCAUUGACUGAGAUUUGUGCUGAAGAUUCUUCAUUCCAAAAUAAAAUUGCUGACUUUGGAGUCCUAUGUCUUCUGAGGCGCUUCCUUUUACGGGAUGAUUAUGAGCAACUGGCUGCAAUUGAGGCAUAUGAUGCUUCAAGAGUCCUAGAGACCCAGGAACGGGUUUCAAAUGCCCGUGGUGAAGCUCCUGUAUUAGAUGUAAAUGAUCCUUCUAGUGUUCGAGUUCCUCCCACAGCACAUAUUCGUAAGCAUGCUGCUCGGCUCUUGACUAUCCUUUCUCUUCUUCCAAAUGUCCAGAAAGCCAUUCUGGGGGACGAGACUUGGUGCAAGUGGCUUGGGGAUUGUGCGAAUGGGAAGAUCCCAGGUUGCAAUGACCUGAAAAUCCAAAGUUAUGCUAGGGCAACACUUUUAAAUAUAUUUUGCUCGGAACACAUGGAUGGAAAUGCAGAAAAUGAUCAUUUCACAGGCAGUGAAGUAGGGGGGCCCAAAAACAUAUGCCCGCGAUAUGACGACAUGAUAUUCUUGCUCAAUCCAGAAUUGCCGCACUGGACAUGCCCUGACAAGAAUGGUUCAGGCACUUCUCAACAGAAUUUACCUGGUUCAAGGAAGUCAAAUUCUGAUAAUAAUUCCUUAUCUAAACAUCACGAGUGUAUUGAUAGUGAGUGUGGAAUCUGCACAGAAGAUUCAGGCUCUAAUAGCUACACUUCCAGUAAUGGCUCUGAUAAAGGUUCACAACCGGUGAUUCCUCCACUGGACAUCGUUUUUGUUCAUGGCCUGCGUGGUGGGCCUUUCAAGACCUGGCGCAUAGCAGAUAGCAAGUCCUCGACAACCAGUAAAUCUGGCUUGGUAGAGAGCAUUGAUCAAGAGGCUGGUAAAGAAGGAACGUGUUGGCCAAGAGAAUGGCUUGCAGCUGACUUCCCUCAUGCUCGUUUGUUUACUGUUAAAUACAAGACAAAUGUUACUCAGUGGUCUGGAGCUAGCCUGCCGCUUCAGGCAUCUAAGAGGAGCAAUCCUAUAUUGUGGCAGAAUCUUGCUCAUAUUGUGGCAGCAUCUUAUGCUCCAAACAACAGAAAGCUCCAAAAUAGGCUCCACUAUCUUCACUUGAGUGCUGUUUUCUGGGAAGGUUGGAAAAUGUUUUUGGGACUGAUAGUGCCACCUUGGUACCUGACCUUCUAUAUUCUCACACUUACAAGGGAUCAUAUUCGAAGACAUAUGUUGCUGUUUAGAGUGGAAAGUUUUUGAGUUGUUGUGUAGGGAAUCUUACCACCCUGAGUUCCCUAUUCUUUCAAUUUCUCUUUAAUAUACUUUCUUUUGACCUGAUUAAGGGAAAACGAAAGUGAAGGGUAUUUUGGUGACUGCAUGCGUUAGGUCAAUUUGUUAUUGCCUUCUUUUACAUGUCGUAAUGAUUGUCCUGUUUCACGUCUUAGACGAUGCUAUUCAGGUGACAUCAUCCUUGGCAAUUUUUUUCUCUACUAUGAAAUAUACUGCUUGAGUUACUUCUCUUCAAAACUUAUUGGAUCACAAUUAUUCCACAAUUUAUGUUUUUGUAUUACUUGUGAACUGACAUCUUAGUUUCGAGUUUGUUUUCUCUCUUUUCUUCUUUGGAUAAUUGAAAAUUCUGUUUUGUUAUUGGCAAUAUCUUGAAAUUUUUAUUUGAUGUGGUGCUUGUAACCACUUUCCAAUCCCUCCAAUCACUGUUAAUGUUUCUUUUACCACUGGAAGAAAAACAAAUAUCCUUUCACCACAAGUUUGUUUAGUAUUCUAACUUGGGGGUCGACAAUCUCUUAGUAUUUGGUUAUGUACUGUGAAGGUGAGAGGAUUUCUUUUUUACCAUAUUCAAAUAGAAGUCAAUCACCAGGCAAGUUGAAGGUUUAGUCAAAGCACCCUACCAAAAUAACAUUGUUCAUUCAAGAUUAUUAUUAUUAUUAUUAUUAUUAUUAUUUUUUGGUAAGUUGUAGGCAAUUUUUUUUUUUAGCAUAAUGAUGAACUUCAAAGGAAAGGAUAAAAGAAAAUGGAUGAUUAACUACUCUUGGCACAAGGAAAAGAACGCUUUGUAUUUCGUAGUUUUUUUUUUAUAUAUAUAGAUUAGUUACUUUGGUUGGUGAAACUGCUUGACAAUUUUAUGGAGACUGUUGUUAGCUACUUUAAAAAAUGUGCAGGAAGUUAGCUCAAUCCUGUUAAAGAAGCUGGUUGCUGCAGGAAUUGGGGAUCGGCCUGUUGUGUUUGUGACUCACAG